CCGGGCUGCGGGAGCGCGCACGUACACCUCACGUAAUGGUCUGUUUACGUCCAAUCUGAGAGGAGUCUCACUGCUGCUGCUGUGACCUGCUGCAGUAGUAGUCAUAUAGCUGGUUAAAAACUCGCACGGGGGACGAUAUGAAAUGAUUUCUGUCAUUUUAGACACAUAUGUCUUCGAGGAGGAGGGGGAUUAGUGCGACCUAUCAGAGGUCGUCAUGGAUUAGCUGUAGUUUCAGUGUGUUUUCCUCCAGACAGUGUGACUGACAGCAGGAACUGGGACAAGGGGACUUUGGUGCUACUGACGUUAGCUAGCAGAUCAACUUAGAUACACGUUUUCAAUCAGCUUUUACCGCUGCGACAGUUGUUGUUGUCUAGCGUUGGCGUUAGCCCUCAGCUGUCGUUGGCUGCUGCUUGCUAAUGUGUAGCUAUAGUUAUUGCCUCCCAGUGGUGGAAAAAGUAUUCAAAUCUUUUAACGAUUCCUGGAGUAGUUUGAGAUCCUUGAGAGAUUCUCAAGGCAGCAUGGCUCCCAAAGACAUCAUGACCAACUCCCAUGCCAAAUCCAUCCUAAAUGCCAUGAACGCACUUCGCAAGAGCAACACACUCUGUGAUAUCACUCUGAGGGUGGAGAACACAGAUUUCCCAGCUCACCGGAUUGUCUUGGCGGCCUGCAGCGACUACUUUUGUGCCAUGUUCACCAGUGAGCUUGCAGAGAAGGGGAAGUCUUUUGUCGACAUUCAGGGGCUCACUGCAGCAACUAUGGAGAUCUUGUUGGACUUUGUGUACACAGAGACGGUGCUAGUCACAGUGGAGAACGUACAAGAACUGCUUCCCGCAGCGUGCUUACUGCAGCUCAAAGGGGUGAAAAGAGCAUGUUGUGAUUUUUUGGAGAGUCAGCUCGAUCCCACCAACUGCCUGGGUAUCCGUGACUUCGCCGACACUCACAAUUGCGUCGACCUGAUGCAGGCCGCCGAGCUCUUUUCCCAGAAGCAUUUCUCCGAGGUGGUUCAACAUGAGGAGUUCAUGCUGCUCAGCCAGACAGAAGUCGAAAAGCUCAUAAAAUGUGACGAAAUCCAGGUGGACUCAGAGGAGCCUGUAUUUGAAGCCGUGUUAAACUGGGUCAAACACAACCGAAAAGAGCGAGAGCCCUACCUGCCAGACAUGCUCGAGUUUGUUCGUAUGCCGCUCCUGACCCCCCGCUACAUUACAGAUGUCAUUGAUGCCGAGCCUCUCAUUCGGUGUAGCCUGCCAUGUCGAGACCUUGUUGAUGAAGCCAAGAAAUUCCACUUAAGACCGGAGCUGAGGAGUGAGAUGCAGGGCCCACGCACACAAGCAAGAUUAGGUGCCAAAGAAGUCCUGUUGGUUAUAGGCGGGUUUGGCAGCCAACAAUCACCAAUAGACAUAGUUGAGAAAUAUGAUCCGAAAACACAAGAAUGGAGCUCCCUUCCUAACAUUGCACGGAAAAGGCGUUAUGUCGCCACGGUGUCCCUCCACGAUCGAGUCUAUGUGAUCGGAGGCUACGACGGUCGGUCGAGGCUCAGCUCCGUCGAGUGCCUGGACUACACAGCGGACGAGGACGGCGUUUGGUACACCGUCGCCACCAUGAAUGUACGUCGUGGCCUCGCUGGAGCCACGACACUCGGAGACAUGAUCUAUGUUGCCGGCGGCUUCGAUGGCAGCCGGCGUCACACCAGCAUGGAGCGAUACGAUCCAAACAUUGACCAGUGGAGCAUGCUGGGAGAUAUGCAGACGGCUAGAGAAGGAGCUGGUCUGGUGGUGGCCAGUGGACUCAUAUACUGUCUAGGUGGAUACGAUGGCCUAAAUAUCCUGAAUUCAGUGGAGCGGUAUGACCCACACACAGGCCACUGGACGAGUGUUACGCCUAUGGCCACCAAGCGGUCAGGCGCUGGUGUGGCUUUACUCAACGACCACAUCUACGUAGUGGGAGGCUUUGAUGGUGUUUCACACCUCGACUCUGUAGAGGUCUACAACAUCAGAACAGACUAUUGGACAACUGUAGCCAGUAUGACGACGCCCCGAUGUUACGUAGGAGCCACCGUCCUCAGAGGACGUCUCUACGCCAUCGCCGGAUAUGAUGGGAACUCUCUCCUCAGCAGUAUUGAAUGUUACGACCCGGUCAUCGACUCCUGGGAAGUCGUCACUUCGAUGGCGACGCAGCGGUGCGACGCCGGCGUCUGUGUUCUACGCGAAAAGUGAUCUUUGCCAAGAAACAAGAAACCACAAGAGGAAAAUCAGAAGGGAGGACAGGCAGCUAGACUUUGCUAAAAAAUGCCACUAAAACAGAGCCACACAAAGGGAGAUGUUUGUUCGCCAGUAUGCAAAUAGGUUCUCUCAGUCAGUCGGACUGCGCAACAGAGAUUGGUGGCAGACUUCACCUCAAAAGAGGCCUCCGACGAGCCCAUCACCACUUGCAUGACUCUCUUCGGUGGUACUUGUUGCUGUCGUUACCUGUGAGAUUAUUUUUUCAGUUUGUCUUCAAAGUGCAAUAUAUUUCUACUCAUCAUAAACAGAAAAAGAUGGAGUCGACAUAGACUCCGGUUGCUGCUAUAUGCCUUAUGACUUUGGCCUACAUCAAACAGUGAACAUCCGUGUUGCCUCCCAUUUGACUUUGAUGAUAGUUACAGUACAUUGGCUUAUUGUCGAGUGUACUCAUUUGGCAUUUGCGAAGUCAUUAAUGGGUCAGUAAUUCAACCCUUUUUGUAAUUCUUUCAGUAAACAGUGCUUUUAGAUUCAAAUCACUUUAAUACAGAAGGUUUAAUACGUAUUGUCGCUCUCAGAAUAUAUAUUUAGAGAUCAAUAUCGUUUUAGAAAAUGACUGAAUUGUACCAGUUGAUUAUUUUGUCCCUGAAGAAUCACAAAGUAAUAACUAUGAGGUGCAUGUGAUUUAUUUAAUUUUUUUUCUCAGCUUAUAGAUCUGGACAUGUACAUGUAGGACUCAAAGUCCUAACAUCACUGUUGCCUGGGAAGUGAAUAAACACACUGAGAACUGACGCGUUUUAUCCUCUCGGUCUGUAAGCACCUGAUAAGUGAUGCAGGGAGACAAAACGCUGUAUAUUCGCUUCACACGUCGUCAGCUGAGUCAGUGGCAUCAUCAUCAUUCACAUCCGCAGAGCGAAUGUGAGGAAUCAUCCAGCCACUCGAAGCAGUUUGAUGUCUCAUUCAACAAACGAUACAAGGUAGACUCAUACAUUUUAUCCUUGUACAACUUAUUUACACGAGGAAACGGUAAAAACUGUCCACAUGCCACCUGAUUACUAAUAAUAGCUCUAUGCCACCAUGGGGUUGAUAUUUGUGAUUUUGAAUGAAAUAUCUCAACAAACCAUUUAAUUGAAUUACUAUUAAAUUUGGUACAAACGUUCAUGUUCCCCUCAGAAUAAAUUGGAAUAAAUUUUGUGAU